UCACGUAGCAGUAACGUUAGCUUGCCAGACGUUUGGACAAUGCGAGUUGAAUCAGCAAAGUUACUUCACCACAAUGAGAGUUUCAUUUAACGUUUUCUUACCGUGCUAUGUCCCCCAUUCGUGUCCCCUGUACAUAUAAAUGUGACAUAACUGCUUGAAGAAGAAAGAUUAGGUCGACACCAGUCAGAUUGGCAGCGGCGGCUGUGCAUAAUAGGAUAGGAUGACACACCCUGCUAGGUUUCCUCUGUUUAUAGUGAAUUUAAAGUGGAAACACACUGUGCUUACACUUAAAAGUUUUCCUCUCCCAAGUGUCUUGCAAUAUCUCUCCAGAUUUCAGUAUUUGUUUUAUCUGACCAUCUCUGUAAACCUUUUCUUAAUCCACUCAGGGACACCAUUGUCUUGCAGUGCUGUGGUGGCCUUUGUGAAUGCUGCAAGGUGGCCUGGUGUCCUAUAUCACCUGUGUAUUUUUCAUUUCUAAUACUAAAAAGCCCUUUUUUAUUCAGAUCAUCCUCUGAAACCUUACUUAGGCCAUGGGACACUAAAUUCAGACCCAGAUUAAUUAUUCUUUCUUGUGUGUUGGCAGUUCUUGACAGCAGCACGUCUGGAGAAAUAAAUACAGACUCAUUUUACAUUUUGCAUACUUAUGCAGCCGUGGUUAGUAAGGAACUUUUUCAUAACUGUGGUGGACAACAUGACAGGCUGAUUGUUAGGACUAAUACUAAUAGUCAAUAGCAAUAUUGAGUGUAGCUGCCCUUCACAGCUAAUGAGAUGUCUGUCUUCUCUGGUCACCCUACUGUUUGUUUCUGUCUACCCCUGCUGGCUCAGUGGUGUCUGUGCUUGAGUAAGAAAUGCUCAGCAGUCAGUGUCCUCAAUCAGAUCCAAGAGUGAGUAAAUGACUGAACCUCAAAAUCUGUUGUCUGUGGUAAUAUUACCUAAAUUAAACCUAAACACAUACUCCCAAAGUCCAUCUGUUCUGGAGCAGCUCCCUGGCUCUGCAAUUGGAAGUUCUGGAGUAAUUUUCAUGUGAAGCAGCCAAAACACUGCAGUGGUCCUUCACUGGACCUUAACCAGUGCAGAGAAGCUAUGAAGCAGGUGAAGGUUGUACCAGCUGACUGAGGUGACCAAACUGAGACUUUGUAGGGGAUGGAGAGGCUUAAGUCAAUUAAAUCCAGCAGGCUGCAGUCUGACAGAACAGCAGGACGAGGAGCAGGCACACAGUACAGCACUCCAAGGCACUGAGAAUGGCCUCAAUUAUGCAGAAGCUGAUCACCCCACUGUUCAGUGGUCCUCCUGAGCCCCCUAGGAAUAAAGUGACAGUGGUGGGUGUGGGCCAGGUGGGCAUGGCCUGUGCUGUCAGCAUCCUGCUCAGGGAGCUGGCUGAUGAGCUGGCUCUGGUGGAUGUAAUGGAGGACAAGCUGAAAGGAGAGAUGAUGGACCUGCAGCACGGCAGCCUCUUCCUCAAAACCCCCAAAAUAGUUGCAGACAAAGACUACUCUGUGACAGCAAACUCCCGCAUCGUGGUGGUGACAGCAGGAGUCCGUCAGCAGGAGGGAGAGAGCAGGCUGAACCUCGUCCAGAGAAACGUCAACAUCUUUAAGCACAUCGUCCCUCAGAUCGUCAGAUACAGCCCUGACUGCAUCAUCAUUGUGGUUUCCAACCCAGUUGACGUGCUGACCUAUGUAACCUGGAAACUGAGCGGUCUUCCCAAACACCGCGUCAUCGGCAGCGGCACCAACUUGGACUCAGCUCGCUUCCGCUUCCUGAUGGCUGACAAACUGGGAAUCCAUGCCAGCAGCUUCAACGGCUGGAUCCUGGGAGAACACGGAGACACCAGUGUGCCUGUGUGGAGUGGAACAAACGUGGCUGGAGUCAACCUGCAGACGUUAAACCCAGACAUUGGCACCGACUGUGACGAGGAGAACUGGAAGGAAACCCACAAGAUGGUGGUGGACAGUGCCUAUGAGGUGAUUAAACUGAAGGGUUACACCAACUGGGCCAUUGGUCUGAGUGUAGCGGACCUGACAGAAAGCCUCAUAAAGAACAUGAACAGGAUUCAUCCUGUUUCCACUAUGGUGCAGGGGAUGUAUGAAAUCAGUGAUGAGGUGUAUCUGAGUCUGCCCUGCGUGCUGAACAGCGGCGGUGUGGCCAGCGUGGUCAACAUGACCCUGACAGACGACGAGGUGGCCCAACUGCAGGCCAGUGCCAACACGCUGUGGGACAUCCAGAAGGACCUGCAGGACAUCUAACUAACAGCUGGGGGCACUGUACCUUCCUGGCUUCUCAUCACCCGCAGUAUUACAUUCAGCUUCAAUCCACUGCCCUUUGUAGAUUCACAGGCGUAUGGGAGUUUCAUCCCGCCAGAUUUAGCCAUAGGUGUCAGUUUGCACACUUCUGCUCGCUGGACACCAAAUGUGACAUCAACUGAGUGAAACACUGCUCUGACUCAUUUGUCCUCGACUAUGCUGAAGUGCGGGACCCCUCAUGUUGCUUUGAUGUUUAAUAAAGGAAGUUUGUGGUUGCUUGAA